UAUAGUUUAGGAUGCGAAAGUAAAUUCCGGUGAAAAUAAAACAGGUGACCUUAACCAAAAUCUCAUCACAAUUUACUAUAUUUUAGCAAGAAACGCCUUAAAGUUGGCCAGAUAAGACACAAAAUAAUCGAAUGGAUACGUUUGCUGAUGGCCUACACAAGCAGUUAUGAGAAAGAAGCUACCUAACCCUUUCCCGUAUUACCUGAAGCGAGCAUUAAUUGUGGCAGCUGUGCCUUACUUCAUUUACUCUAACUACAAAAUAUACGAAGCGUAUACCGUUGUACAACAGAGGAAAAUUGAUAAAAAGAAAAACGUUGAAAGUGAAAAGAAAACAGCAACAGAGAAUGAAGAAAAGAGCAGAACAGGCAGCAUCACAACCCCUGGCAGUCCAACAGCUGGAAAAAGCAGUUCAGCAGCAGAAAAUAUUAGAGUCAGAGUUAGUCAGCUUGAAGAAAGAAGCAAGAGUCUACCAGCAACAACAAAACAGUAAUGUUUUCUUCCAAUCAAAGAAAGAGGACAUUCUGAGAGAAUGUCAAGAAACAUUAAAGAGCUUAUGUAAGGAAUAUGGCUCUUUAGAAAAGACUGAAACUGAAAAGACAACAGAUGACACUCAAUAAUUAAACAGGAAGUUGCCAAACAGUCUCGGCAGACCUAUGUUGUGUGAUCAAAUAGCCGAAAAAUGUACCAAAUUAUAAGUAGGAAACUCACUGAAAGUGAAAGAAGUGGUAUUUUUGUGUCUAAUGUUGUGGAACUGUUAACCUGUGUUAUUUUAAAUUUUAGACCUGGUUAGGUCAAUAAAAGGGAACUGUGGUUUUUUAAAGAGAAUGUUGCUGAGAUACAUUACAAUUUUUACUCUAUGAUGACUGAAUUUUAAAAUCAUUGAAAUAUGA